GCCGGGCCGUGCGGACCUCUUUGUCUGGCGGGAGGGAUGCAGGGCGGGGGCCUCCCCCGGCGUCCCGGCCGGAGUCGAGAAGCCGAUGGCGGCAGCCACGCUCCCGGAGCCGGCGCUGGGUUGUGUGACCUUUGAGGAUGUGGCCAUUUGCUUCUCCCAGGAAGAAUGGAGACUUCUUGAUGAGGCCCAAAGGUUCCUGCACCUCAAUGUCACGCUGCAGAACUUGGCACUUAUAAACUCGCUAGGCUGUGGGCAUGAAAUAAAAGGGGAAGCUGAGCCGAGGCUUCCUGGAGGAGCACCACAGGUCAAAACUUCUAAGACCAGUCUGUCCACACAGAAGACUGACCUCUGCGGGAGGUGUGUUCCGAUUCUGCAAGACAUUUUGCAUGUGGCUGAUCUACCUGGGCAGAAACAUGGGGCUGGGGCACGUACAAACCUUCACCAGCACCACAGACGUCACAGUAAAAAGAAAUCUUUUAAGAGGGACCUUGAUAGGAUCUCAUAUUUAAAACGGUGCCUGUUCCGCCCAUCAGUGAAGUCCUUCCCCGACUGGGAGAUGGAGAGGGACCUCCCAGCCAUACUGAGCCUUCUCAAAUCCCUGGCCUUUCCCAACAGUAAGAAACAGAACCCAAUUAUUGAGGCUAGGGAGGACAUCUGUAGUCACAAGAGCCGCAAGCCAGGAGAGUGUGAGACACCUGUGGACCACCCAAAAGUCUCCAGUGGGAAAAAGCUGUAUGAAUGCGGUAAAUGUGGGAAGACCUUCCGUGGCAAGUACUCGCUUGACCAGCACCAGAGAGUCCACACCGGAGAGAGGCCAUGGGAGUGCCAUGACUGCGGGAAGUUCUUCAGCCAGACCUCCCACCUGAACGACCACCGGAGGAUCCACACCGGAGAAAGGCCCUACGAGUGCAGCCAGUGUGGAAAGCUGUUCAGACAAAACUCUAGUCUUGUGGACCACCAGAAAAUUCACACUGGAGCAAGGCCCUACGAGUGUAGCCAGUGUGGGAAAUCUUUUAGUCAGAAAGCCACCCUCGUUAAGCACCAGAGGGUCCACACUGGGGAAAGGCCUUAUAAGUGUGCCGAAUGUGGGAAUUCUUUCAGCCAAAGUGCCAUUCUUAACCAGCACCGGAGGAUUCACACUGGAGCAAAGCCUUACGAGUGUGAGCAGUGUGGGAAAUCCUUUAGCCAGAAAGCUACCCUCAUUAAACACCAGAGAGUUCACACCGGAGAGAGGCCUUAUAAAUGUGGCGACUGCGGGAAGUCCUUCAGCCAGAGCUCCAUCCUCAUUCAGCAUCGGAGAAUUCACACCGGAGCCAGGCCCUAUGAGUGUGGCCAGUGUGGGAAGUCCUUCAGCCAGAAGUCUGGCCUCAUUCAGCACCAGGUAGUUCACACUGGAGAAAGGCCCUAUGAAUGUGACAUGUGUGGGAACUCCUUUAGCCAGUGCUCCAGCCUCAUUCACCACCAAAAGUGUCACAGUAUGUAGUGCCCCAUAAAAACAAAUGUGAAGGGCUAGGAGGGUGGCUCAGUGGUAGAGUGCUUGCCUCACAUGCAUGAGGCCCUGGGUUCAAUUCCUCAGCACCACAU